AUGGCGCAAGUUUUGAGGUGUGGAGCAAAAUGUUGUGUCCUAACCCAGAAGUUGGGAAAAAAGAAAAAUGUUGCCACGAGCUCGAAACAAUCCUGUCACUGCUGGAGCUGUCCAAAGAGAGAGACCCAGCACAGCUGCGUCCAGACAGAGCCGCGGACCACGAGGGAGGCGGGCGUCCAGGGACGCCACUGUUGCGACGCAGAGGUCCAAGCGUCGCCGCAAGGCGUGCCGGCUGUGGAGCCCAGGGCAUACGAUUGGCCGUCGCUUGCAACGUUCAUGCGGCAGGCCUACCCAAAGAUGAUACAGGAGCUCGAGAAAUCUUCGCGCAGCAGCGCUUUUCGUGGCUACAGACUGCUCGCCGACACUUGCGAAGGCAGUGCGUCCCGGCUCUACUGCGACAUGACUUUGCCCCGAGAGCUUCACUGCACGGGCUCUUCCUGGAAUGCCACUGGCUCCGUCAUAGCCCUUUCAUAUCCUUUUGACUUUGUGAAGUAGUGCGCCAGAAGGAAGUCUGUUAACCACAGUAU